UUCUAUAAAGCCCCGUGUCCCUUACAUCCUUGUUCCUGUCAAACCCAUAAGAUAUCUUUCCAUCGCUCUCUCUAUUCCUUUCUUUGUCUGUCGCCAGAAGCCAGAAUGGUGAAGGUUUGGAAUUUAGUGGCUAUAAUGCUUAUUGUUUUACUCCCAAAUGUUUCGUCGUAUGAUCGGCCGGCCACUCGGAAAAAUAUAGUGAUGCAUCCAUCCAGCAACGAUCCUGUGUCCCCGGAACAGGUGCAUAUAUCUCUGGUUGGGCCGGACAAAAUGAGAAUAUCAUGGAUAACGAAAAACUCAGUCAUGCCGACUGUUGUAUACGGCACAACCUCUGGAAAAUACGAAGGCUCGGCUAAUGGAACAUCCUCCUCGUACCACUACCUGAUGAUUUAUCGAUCGGGCCAAAUUAACGAUGUGGUUAUAGGUCCAUUAAAACCCAAUACAGUUUAUUAUUACAAAUGUGGUGGUCAAUCUUCAACCCAAGAGUUCAACUUCAAGACCCCUCCUUCUCAAUUUCCCAUCAGAUUCGCUGUGGCUGGUGACCUUGGUACAACUGAAUGGAGUAAAUCAACAUUGGACCAUGUAUCGAAAUGGGAACAUGAUGUUUUUAUCUUGCCUGGAGAUUUGUCGUAUGCUGACCUUUUGCAACCCGUGUGGGACACUUUCGGUCGCAUGGUGCAACCACUUGCGAGCAAAAGACCAUGGAUGGUCACUCAAGGCAACCACGAAGUCGAACUUAUUCCUGUCCUCCAUCGUCAAAGUUUCACCGCCUAUAACAACAGGUGGCGCAUGCCAUUUGAAGAGAGUGGCUCGAGCUCGAACUUGUACUAUUCCUUCAACGUUUUCGGAGUCCACUUUAUAAUGUUGGGGUCAUACGCUGAUUUCGAGCCUGGCUCGGAUCAGUACCAAUGGUUAGAAAAAGAUCUCAAAAGCAUUGAUCGUAAGACCACACCGUGGUUGAUGGCUGUGAUACACGCACCGUGGUACAACACAAAUGAAGCACACCAAGGAGAGAAAGAGAGUGUCGAUAUGAAACAGUCCAUGGAAACUCUUCUUUAUAAUGCUCGUGUUGAUUUGGUUUUCGCCGGUCAUGUCCAUGCUUACGAACGCUUUAACCGAGUGUACCAAGAUAAAUUCGACAAAUGUGGUCCGGUUUAUAUUAACAUUGGAGAUGGAGGAAACAAAGAAGGCCUUGCUAAAAAUUACCGAGAUCCAACUCCAGCAAUAUCAUUGUUUAGAGAAGCAAGUUUCGGGCAUGGUCAAUUGGUGGUGGUGAAUGCGUCUCAUGCACAAUGGAAAUGGCAGAGGAACGACGAUGAUGCGUCGGUAGAAAGGGAUUCGGUUUGGUUAACAAGCCUCUCGGCCGAUUCAUCUUGUCAUAUUUAAACCGGCUCCGUUCGUGUGUUUAAAAUAAAAUGUUCUUCAUCAUUGAAUAUAUGUUAGUCGUCAA